GGUGGUAUAUAUCAUUGUUCUACUGUGUAGAGUGUGUAUUGAAUAAAUAUAUAUGUGUGGUGAGUAUGGGUGUAAUAAUUGCUGUAAUUAAGUUAUUGUGACCUAAUUACAUUUGUUUUCUUUAAUGACCUAAUAACUAUUAUCUCAAGCUGUGUGAUGUUUGCUUUUUUUUCAUGUUUUUCUUUCCUCAUCCAUUACUUUCAGGCAAAAGUAUGAAGUGGUGUGUGCGAUGCUGACAAAGGAUUCUGUUCAGCUUGACAUCAAGAACCAUCAGAAAGUGACACCAUUGCUGUUAGCUGUCUCUGAGGGCCACCUCGGAAUGGUGCACCAGUUGAUAGCAAAAGGUGCAGACGUAAAUGUUGUCAAUAAUGAAGGCAACAAUUGUCUGCACCUGGCUGCGAAGACGAAGAGGUUUCAUUCCGAGGUUGAACCUUUAAGUAUAUUAGAUAAGUUCUGCGAAGAGCUGAAACUGGGAAACGAAGAAAGGUACUCUGAUGUGGUAGUUGCUUGCUACCUAGUCUACCACGGGGCCAACUUAUACUGUAACAACAAAAGUGGCAGAACACCAUUGGACCUAAUAAAAACUAAAAAAUCAAAAAAGAUUUUAAAUAUGUUAUUCCCACCAACGCAAUGUCGCUGGUGUCAAGAGAACAUGGCCACUGUGACACUGCAACCAUGUGGAGAUCUUGUUCUCUGCAAGAAUUGUUCUUCUGAAAUGACAUUUAAGAUAUGUCCCGUGUGUCGAGAAUACACACUCAGCAAAAGUGAAUUUGGUAAGAUAAUAUUUGGGGCUCUGUUUGUUGUCUUGUUGACCUUAUUGUGUGGAAUAAUGUGCUUCGUGUAGACCCAGGUAUGUCAU